CUUGGGGUCCUGCGCGGCGGCAGCGGGCGGGCGGAUCGGUGUCUCCUUCACUUCGCCCUCCAGUGCCAGCGGCUGCAGCAGCGCGGCCUUCUAACGGAGAGACCCUCCCGCAUCCCCAGCCCUGCUCUGCCAGGCCCCGCUGCCCUUCCUCACUAGCCAGCUCUAAUGGCGAUUCCUCCAUCCUAUGUAGACCUUGGCAAAUCUGCCAGAGAUAUCUUCAAUAAAGGAUAUGGUUUUGGGCUGGUGAAACUGGAUGUGAAAACAAAAUCUGCAAGUGGAGUGGAAUUCACAACAUCUGGUUCAUCAAACACAGACACUGGAAAAGUGAAUGGGAGUUUGGAGACCAAAUACAAGUGGGCUGAGUAUGGACUGACUUUCACAGAAAAAUGGAACACAGAUAACACUCUGGGAACAGAAAUUGCCAUUGAAGAUCAGAUUGCCAAAGGCUUGAAGUUGACAUUUGAUACAACUUUCUCACCAAAUACAGGAAAGAAAAGUGGUAAAAUUAAGUCAGCUUAUAAACGUGAAUGCCUAAACCUAGGUUGUGAUGUUGACUUCGAUUUUGCUGGGCCUGCAAUCCAUGGUUCAGCUGUCUUUGGUUAUGAAGGCUGGCUUGCUGGUUAUCAGAUGACUUUUGAUAGUGCCAAAUCAAAAUUGACAAGAAAUAACUUCUCUGUGGGCUACAAGACUGGAGACUUCCAACUGCACACUAAUGUCAAUGACGGUUCAGAAUUCGGUGGGUCAAUUUACCAGAAAGUGAGUGACAAUCUUGAAACUGCUGUAAACCUGGCUUGGACAGCAGGUAGCAACAGCACUCGCUUUGGCAUUGCAGCUAAAUACAAGUUGGAUUCCACUGCUUCCAUCUCUGCAAAAGUGAACAAUUCUAGUCUAGUUGGAGUGGGUUAUACCCAGACCCUGAGGCCAGGUGUGAAGCUUACACUGUCUGCCCUGAUAGAUGGAAAGAGCAUCAAUGCUGGUGGCCAUAAACUUGGUCUUGGUCUGGAAUUGGAGGCUUAAAAAGGCGAAGAAACUGCCUCAGAGAAGGGAUAUCAGAAGAAUUUGGCCUUAAAAUGUAUUUCCAAUGUGACCAGCAGGCUUUCUUUUUUUUUUUCUCUUCCCCAAGAAGGAUCACCUAGAAAAAGCACUGUAUUUGAAGUAUCUAGACAGUUACUUGUUAGCUGGUUUCUAGUUAAAUUGGUUCCCCAUCUAGUUAAAAUUCUGCAUUAGUGCAGUCACCUAAACAUUAUUUAAAUGUAUUUAACUGUUUAAUGCGCUACCCACAAAUAAUGAAAUAGACAUUUAUGAAACCUGUACAAUUGUGUGCAUGUUUGUUUUUAUGUUCCUUUUAACAUUCAAUAUUGGCAUUGAAUGAAAAAUGGAUCAGUGGAUGUUUUUAAAUGAGGUCAACAAUUUUGUUAAAUCACCUGAAGGAGAAAUACAUUUGGUAUCCCAAGAUAAAUCGUGAAUAAAACAAGUACACACACAUACUUGUGCCUCAUAUAUUUUAAGAAUUAAGAUAUGAGGGUAGUGCUAAAUUAAAUGUUUUAAGCUGUAACUUGAAAUAAUCAAAGUAGUGCUCUAUACCUUUGUGCAGUUAAGGACCUCCACCCCACCCAUGACAACACUGAAUAUAGAUGGUUUUCACUGAUCAAUUGGAUUCCUCAAGCAAUUUGAAUGUGCUUUUCUGUCAGGUAAGAUUUGUCAUGACACAAUGGUUUAGUUUACCCUGUGUUCCACAGACAAGAUUUACUGCAUUACUGGUUGGCUUCCUGAUGCAUAGAGUGCAGGAUUGUGUACUUGGCACACUGAAUCAUUUCAGAACUGCUCCUUAAUACUUCUGCCCAAGGGGUGAAAAACCUCACCACAAACACACCUUUUGCUUAUAUUUGUAUGAAGUGAGACCUAUCUCUGCAACUGAAUGUGACAGUGUAAUGGUAUAGCAGCCUGCUUAUCCCAACUGCUGUGAGAGGUUUCUGCUUAAAAUGACUGAAAUAAAGGCUUAAUUUUAAAAGAAGAUAGAGGAAAAUGCAUCCGGUUUUGCUUUCCCUUUUAUGAAUAAAUCAUGGCAGAUACACAUUUUGAGCCCAGAAACAUGCAAAAAUCUCAUGUUUUGCCAGGUUAGAAUUAACAAGGAAUGGAAGUAUGGGGGACAGCUGGUCUGUGAUCAUAACAUCACUUAAGGUUAACUGUAACUAGCUGUGAAUGCUUUUUAUGUAUAAUGUACAGUGCCUGCUGUAUGAGCCAAAGAAUGGAGAUACACUGAGUUCAGGGGAGUGCCUAGAGCCUGCUUCUUAGUCUCUCAUAGCAGAAAAGGGUAUCUUAAUACUUAGUCUUGCAGUCUGUAGUCCACAGCAACUUCCUUUAUAGAGUAGGUGGUUAGCUUAUGAUCAGGAAGCUUUGGCUAUGUUCUGUUCAUACUGGAUUAGACUUAACCCCUGUAAAAGUCCUAGUGAUUUGUCUGAAGUCUUGUUCCAUCCAGCAUUGUUGCCCUUGCAUGCAGAUUCUUGAGUACUGUGUUGUAAACUGCUUGUGUUUAGGCUCUAGCUGUGGAAUAGCUAAACCACCUUCCCUGUGGAA